AACUCGAAAAACGAACUAUUUACUAAAAAAGACGCAGGUUUCCCCUUCAAACUAUACAACACGGGAUAUAUCACGACGAGGGGCAGCGUUGUUUUCAGGAGUCAGCCAUGCCUUUAACGAGGGGAAAGAAAUCUUCAGCCACCGCUGGAAGCAAGAUACCCAGACUACCUGCUGCAAAGACUGAGAACCAGGAGGAAGGCCCCCAGGUGAAGAGGUCCUCCUCCCCUCCCCGUGGAGCUCCUAAGAAGAGGACUGCUUUCAUAGACAUCACCAAUGCUCAUAAGAUUCAGAUCAGCCUUCCAGGGAGGAAGAAAGAGCCGGGGAAGAAGUCUGUAAAGAAAACAAACUCCACCUCCGUUCCUGCAAAGAAUCAAGCAAACUCAAUAAAGUCGUCAUCUGUGAGCUCCGAGGGAACGACUACUGAGAGGGAGAAGACGGAUUCAGAGGAGGAGGAGAAGCAGGUCUCGCCUCCACUAGAGGAGCUGGUGGAGGCUCCGCCCCCUGCUGCUCAGAAAACGCCGGUGCACCUUCAGAGGCAGCUUAUUCCAGAGGAGUUCGACAUCGACUCCGACAACUCCGAGGACUGUUACCUGUGUCCAGAGUACGCAAAGGAUGUCUUUGACUACCUGAAGCAGAGAGAGGAGAAGUUUGUCCUCUCUAACUACAUGUCCAAGCAACCCAGUCUGAACCCAGAGAUGAGGGCAAUACUGAUCGACUGGCUGGUUGAAGUUCAGGAGAACUUUGAGCUGUACCACGAGACCCUCUACAUGGCCGUAAAGAUGACCGACCACUACCUGUCAAAAACUCCCAUCCAAAGAGAGCUGCUGCAGCUUGUCGGCUCCACAGCCAUGCUCCUAGCUUCCAAAUUUGAGGAGCGCACCCCGCCCUGUGUUGACGAUUUCCUUUAUAUCUGUGAUGAUGCGUACAAGAAGGAGGAGCUCAUCUCCAUGGAGGCCAGCAUCCUGCAGGCGCUGUCGUUUGACAUCAACAUUCCAGUCCCGUAUCGCUUCCUCAGACGCUAUGCCACGUGUGUGAAUGCUGGGAUGGACACCUUGACUCUGGCCCGCUACUACUGUGAGAUGAGUCUCCUGGAGAUGGACCUGGUGCCAGAGAGAGGCUCACUGGUUGCCUCGGCCUGCUUGCUGAUAGCGCUGGUUACCAAAGACCUGGGAGGAUGGUCGCCCAUCCUGCAGUUCCACUCCGGCUAUCAGACGUCAGACUUGGCGCCAGUCGUCAGAAAGCUCCACUUGGCGCUUUCGUUCCCGCCGGAUGACAAGCUGAAAGCCAUCAGGAACAAAUACUCUCACAAGGUGUUUUUUGAAGUUGCAUCUCUCCCUUUGGUGGAUAUCAACAUCUUGGAGAAAGCAUUAGCUUCCCAGUGACAUCGACCCUGAAUAUGUUAAAGCAAAGACCAAAUGGUGUAAAACCUUCUCCUCUUC